CAUGCUCUGUGCGGGGCCCACAAACAGACAAGCAGAUCGGGUCUUUCUGCUCCGAGGCUCCGACUCCGAAUCGCCUCGAGGGAGUCGCCGCCCCAUUCCGGCGACCACACGGUCCACACCGGCGAUCUCCCACCUAGCUAGCUGCAGGAGGGAGCUGCCCAUUUCCACGCCUAUAGGAUCAGACCGACACUCAGAUUCCUCAUGGCCCAAGAUCCCGAAUGCUAGCUGCGAAUGGCUAGCUGUGGUGCUCUAGUUACAGGAUGCAUUCUUUCGGUUUGCCGGCGUGUUAAUAGCAGAAUUCAUGGCAGUAGAUCUCUUCCUUCUUGGCAGAAUCGUGUUAGCCCCAGUGCCUCCAAAACUCGUUUGCCCUGCUCCGUCACACGCCACUUGUUCGGCUGCGCAGGCACUCGCAGCCAUCUUACAGUUGCCCAAGCUGAAGGGUAUCCCAGCAUGGAUGGGGCAAAUGAUGCACGCCCUUCAUCUACACUUCACACAAGACUGAGAAUAUGGGAAUUUCCUGACUGUUAUAUAUUUGAACCGAUUGAUGGACUUGCUGACUUGUAUUUGUCAGUUAGCCGAGCCAGUGGAACAAUGAAACUAGUUGAAGAGUUGCCACCACGUGGAUCCUCUACAAAUCCUAAAGUUCAAACAGUUUAUGGUGUGAUAGGAGUGCUCAAACUUGCAGUUGGAUCAUAUUUUCUGGUGAUCACGGACCGUGAUUGUGUGGGAUCCUACUUGGGACACACAAUUUUUAAAGUGACAGGACUCAAAGUUCUUCCUUGCAAUAAUGCACUGAGCACUUCUUCUGCCGAGCAGAAAAAAAUGGAAACAGAAUUUUCGGAACUCCUGGAUGCUGCAGAGAGGACUAUAGGCCUUUACUUCUCCUACGAUAUUAACUUAACACUUACUGCACAGAGGCUAUAUGAUCUAGGUGAUGAAUAUAGAUCACUUCCCCUUUGGAGACAGGCAGAACCAAGAUUUCUAUGGAACAGUUACUUGUUAGAACCUCUAAUUGAGAACAAACUGGACCAGUACUUAUUGCCAGUAAUUCAAGGCAGUUUUCAAAAUAUCCAUGCAGAAGUUGGGUCAGAGAAGGUAAAUGUGACCCUAAUUGCACGUAGGUGCACGCGGAGGAUAGGUACUCGAAUGUGGAGACGAGGAGCUGAUCCAGAGGGACAUGCUGCAAACUUUGUUGAAUCAGAACAGAUAAUGCAAUCAAAAGGGUUUACCGCAUCCUAUGUACAAAUUCGAGGUUCUAUACCAUUCUUGUGGGAGCAGAUUGUUGAUUUGACAUAUAAACCUAGCUUUGACAUUGUUAGACAAGAGGAGGCGCCUCGUGUACUUGAGCGGCACUUCCAUGAUUUGCAAAAGAAAUAUGGAGCUGUCUUGGCUGUUGAUCUUGUCAAUACAGGUGGUGGUGAAGGUCGCCUCCAUGAAAAAUAUGCAAAAUCUAUCGAACCUAUUCUCAGUGAAGAUUUAAGAUAUGUGCACUUCGACUUCCACCGAGUUUGUGGUCAUAUUCACUUUGAACGCCUUUCUCAGCUGUAUGAACAGAUCAAGGACUAUCUUAAGAAACAUAGGUACUUUCUUAUAAAUGAUAAAGGCGAGAAAAUUGAGGAGCAGACUGGCACUGUGAGAACAAAUUGUAUCGAUUGUUUGGAUCGCACCAAUGUAACUCAGAGCAUGAUUGGGAGACAAAUUCUGGAAAGCCAGCUCCAACGAGUAGGAGUUCUUGGUGUUGAUGAUACAAUAAGCAAUCAUCCAGCCUUCGAUGCAAACUACAAAAUUUUGUGGGCCAAUCAUGGAGAUGCAAUAAGCAUUCAGUACUCUGGAACUCCUGCUCUGAAGGGAGAUUUUGUUCGGUACGGAAAGCGAACUACUCAGGGAAUUCUGAAUGAUCUGCGGAAUGCACUUGCUAGAUACUACUUGAACAACUUUGUUGAUGGUACUAAUCAGGAUGCCAUGGAUCUUCUUCAAGGACAUUACAUGACAUCUGUUAGUCGAGACAUGGCAGUGCCAAGCAAAGCGGGACUUCUACAGAGUUAUGCGUCCUUCCGCCUUGCUUUUGCAUUGGUUCUGGGAGCUCUAAUGUUCAUGAUGAUGUCACUAAGACAAGCCCGGAAUGAUGUUCGCCAUUUGUGGCUAUCACUUCUGUGGGCUGGUGUUUGUAUUGGCAUCACACAUUUUGUCAGAGCCAAUGGUCGGACAUUCACUAACCGACCUCUGUUUUACCAGUCACGCCAUUGAUAGAUACAAAGUGACAAUUUUGCUCGUCAAGUGGGUUGCCUUAUAGAUUGUCAUCAUUCAUCAAACUUGUGGGCACGCAGUAUAAGUUUUCUUCCAUUUUGUAAUAAGUUUUUGUCUCCUUUUCUCGUUCUUUUGAUUAUAGUGUUCUGGUUAUCAUGGUCUGCUCGACCUGUUUCGUUUGUAAAAACCUAAGUGAACACGCCUUUAGCUAUUAGCAAUGUAUUAUGAUUUUAUAUACUUGAGUUCUUGACA